CAGUUGGCACAAAGGAACUGAAGAAGGCCAGUGAAGCUGGAGUAUAGUGGAUAAUGGGAAAAAGGUACAAGAUAAAUUUGGAGAAUAGACAGAGUCCAGGAUCUUAGAAGUCUUUGGAAGCCAGGGCAUUGUUAUUUAAGAAUGGAAGAGGAUACAGAUUUUAGAAUCAGGUUUAGUUCUUUGUGUUUCAUUACGGAUCACGUUGGAUUUCAUGGCACCAUAAAAAGCUCACCAAGUGACUUUGUUGUUAUUGAGAUUGAUGAACAGGGACAGUUAGUUAAUAAAGCCAGUGAUGAACCUAUUUACAAGGUUAAUAAAAUACUACCUGGGCCAAAUAAUUUGGCUAAAAAAACAAAACUAGAUCCUCAAAAUUUAUCCUUUGAAGAGAGAAGCAAUCAAGAAGUCAGUACUUUGGCUGUGUGCUCUGGUGAUGACCAAAAUUAUGAGUCUGGUUCAGAAAAGGAAGAUACUGUCGAAGAUGGAACUUCCAAAGGUGAAGAAGAAAACAGUGAUGUAUUAGGAUCCUUGUUAGAUGAAAAAACUAAUGAAUUACUGAAUCAGUUUGCCUGUGAUGUAAAAGAGACAUGGAAUUCUAAAACUGAACUAAUUGGACCAUCUCCUGAAUUCUCAUUAGGCAGAAUCCUUGACAAAAACCAGAGGGCUAUUUUGCAUAGUGCUAUUAGGCAGAAAUUUCCUUUUUUAAUAACUGUAGGAAAAAACAGUGAAAUUGUUGUCAAACCAAAUCUUGAGUAUAAAGAACUCUGUCACUUGGUAUCUGAAGAAGAAGCAUUUGACUUUUUAAAAUAUUUGGAUGCAAAGAAAGAAAAUUCCAAAUUUACCUUUAAACCUGAUGUAAACAAAGAUCACAGAAAGGCUGUCCACCAUUUUAUCAACAAAAAGUUUGGAAAUCUUGUGGAAACCAAAACUUUUCCUGGACCGAAUUAUAGUGCUGAUAAUCCAAAUGUAGUGAUAACAGUAAGAUUUCGGGAAAAAGCACACAAGCACCGGAAAAGAUCUCUUCCUGAAUGCCAGGAAAGAAAAGUUAUAUACACAGCCUUUACCCUACGAAAAGAAAAUCUGGAAAUGUUUGAAGCUGUUGGUUUUUUAGCUAUCAAACUUGGAGUGAUUCCUUCGGAUUUUAGUUAUGCAGGACUUAAAGACAAGAAAGCCAUCACUUAUCAAGCAAUGGUUGUUAGAAAAGUGACACCAGAGAGGUUGAAAAAUAUUGAAAAAGAAAUUGAAAAGAAAAGAAUGAAUGUGUUUAAUAUUCGGUCUGUAGAUGAUUCCCUUAGACUUGGUCAACUCAAAGGAAAUCACUUUGAUAUUGUCAUCAGAAAUUUAAAAAAUCAAAUAAAUGAUUCUGCAAACCUGAGAGAGAGAAUUUUGGAGGCAGUAGAAAAUGUUACGAAUAAAGGGUUUGUGAAUUACUACGGACCACAGAGAUUUGGGAUGGGAAGGAAAGUUCACACAGACCAAAUUGGAUUGGCUUUGCUGAAGAGUGAAAUGGUGAAGGCUGUAAAAUUAUUUCUUACACCAGAAGAUUUGGAUGAUCCUGUAAAUAGAGCAAAGAAAUAUUUUCUUCAAACUGAGGAUGCUAAGGGCACACUUUCACUGAUGCCUGAAUUCAGAGUUCGGGAGAGAGCAUUGUUAGAGUCCUUGCAUCGCUUUGGCGUGACAGAGGAGGGCUGUAUCCAGGCGUGGUUCUCUUUCCCCCAUUCCAUGCGCAUAUUCUACGUUCAUGCAUAUAGCAGCAAAAUCUGGAAUGAGGCAGUAUCUUACAGACUUGCAACCUAUGGAUCAAGAGUGGUGGAGGGUGAUUUGGUCUGUUUGGAUGAAGAUACUGAUGAUGAGCAUUUACCAAGUAGUAAAGUUCAUCUAGUAACUGAAGAAGAGGAAUCAGCUAAUGCAUAUGCAAUACAUCAGGUGGUUCUUCCAGUGCUUGGAUACAAUAUUCAGUACCCAAAGAACAAACUAGGGAAAUGGUACCAGGAAGUACUCAGCAGAGAUGGACUACAGACAUGUAGAUUUAAAAUACCUACUCUGAAACUGAAUGUUCCAGGAUGCUAUAGAAAGAUUUUGAAACAUCCCUGUAAUCUCUCAUACCAACUAAUAGAAGAUCAUGAUAUUGAUGUCAUGAAGGAAGGUUCCCACAUCGAUGAAGCAACUUUAUCUCUUUUGAUCUCUUUUGAUCUUGACGCUUCGUGUUAUGCUACAGUUUGUCUGAGGGAAAUAAUGAAGCAUGACUUUUAAAACUGAUCCCCUUAAUAUAAUCGUGUAUGUGCCACUUUUUAAAGGAAAGGGAGCUAAAGUUUCUUGAGCAUCAUAAUUGUUAUCUCCUUUAAUUACACAACAUCCUGAUGAAGUAAGAAUUUGAUACUAACAUUCCAGAGGACGUAUAGCUAGUAAGUGGCAGCAUCUGAGUUGAAGACUCCAAAGCCUUUGUUCUUUCUAUGAUCUAAUAUCCCGGUGACCUUUAGUCUGUGCUAUAAAAGUUACAGUCUUUCUGGACUAUUAGGAGCAUACAAUACUGCAGGAUGACGUUAAAGAAGAUGACAUUAAAGGAAAACAGUUUUGGAGUAAUGUUUAUAUCCUCAAGCUCCUUGCUUAGAAUGUCGAUGAAACUAGGUUGUAAUGAAAACAGGGUUGGAAAGAUAGAUGAAACAUUUUGUUAAUUAUUGCCAUUCUUUCCUAUUUUUGAAAUUAUUGAUCAGAACAGUACAUCAGGAAAAUAUAAUCCCUCUAUUUAUGAUAGCUACCCCAGGGUAGUUUACCCCUUUAUGAGGUAAGUAAUCUUUGAUGAAGAUUGAAAUAAAAUUUUUCCUACAGUUUCUUUAUCUUGACAUAUAUUGACCCUCCACUUUUUUGUUAUUUUUGUUCUAUCAUCUAAAACAUAAAUUUUAAGAGUCAGACUGAUCUGUAUUCAGACUCCAGCUCUGACACUUACUAGGGACUGGGUGUUACUGAUUCUUUUUGAGGCUCACUUAAGGAAUCAAGAUAGCACCAGUCUCAUAAGCAGCAAACAGUAGAAUUAUCUCCACCUUUUUACGUUGCUGGAGGAAGAAAACAUUUUACCCAUUUUGGUUUUUUUUUU